AUGGCCUCCACCACGGGCACCGAGCCUGAGUGGAGUGCCGUCAAGGUUCGCAGCACCUUUAUCGACUACUUCAAACAAAAUGGCCACACUUUCGUUCCCAGCGGCAGUGUUGUACCGCUAUCAGACCCGACACUCCUCUUCACCAAUGCGGGCAUGAACCAGUACAAGUCCAUCUUCCUGGGCACCGUUGAUCCAGACUCCGACUUUGCUAAGCUCAAGCGCGCUGCAAACUCGCAGAAAUGCAUUCGCGCUGGUGGCAAGCACAACGAUUUGGACGAUGUCGGCAAGGACUCAUAUCACCACACUUUCUUCGAGAUGUUGGGUAACUGGUCCUUUGGCGACUACUUCAAAAAGGAAGCCAUCACGUUCUCAUGGGAUCUUCUCACCAAAGUCUACGGACUCAAGCCGGAGAGACUAUAUGUGACCUACUUCGAGGGCAAGGCGGAUGCCGGACUCGAGCCCGAUCUUGAGGCAAGAGAUCUCUGGCUGAAAGCUGGUGUCCCUGAAGAUCACAUCCUGACUGGUGACAUGAAGGAUAACUUCUGGGAGAUGGGAGACCAAGGUCCUUGCGGUCCAUGUUCCGAAAUCCACUACGAUCGCAUCGGUGGCCGCAACGCGUCCGACUUGGUGAACCAGGACGAUCCGAAUGUGAUUGAGAUCUGGAACAAUGUGUUCAUCCAAUACAACCGCGAGCCGGACAAGUCGCUUAAAUCUCUGCCCAACAAGCACAUCGACACUGGCAUGGGUUUCGAGCGGUUGGUGUCCAUCCUCCAGGACAAGUCAUCCAACUACGACACCGAUGUCUUCACACCACUGUUCAAGACAAUCCAGGAGAUUACUGGUGCGCGAGAAUACCGUGGCACUUUCGGCGAGGAGGAUGCCGACGGCGUCGACACCGCAUACCGUGUCGUAGCUGAUCAUGUACGCUUGCUCACAUUCGCUAUCACCGACGGCGGAAUUCCCAACAACGUUGGACGCGGCUACGUCGUUCGUCGUGUGCUUCGUCGCGGAGCUCGCUAUGCGCGCAAGUACUUCAACACUGAGAUCGGCGACUUCUUCUCCAAGAUCGUGCCGACUCUUGUCGCGCAGAUGGGUGACAUGUUCCCGGAGAUCAAGAAGAAGGAGGCGGAUGUCAAGGAAAUUCUGAACGAGGAGGAGCUGAGUUUUGCCAAGACUCUUGAUCGCGGCGAGGCCAUGUUCGAGAAGUACGCCGAGCAGUGCAAAGCAAAGGGAGCGAAGGAGAUGUCUGGAGCUGACGUCUGGCGGCUGUACGAUACAUAUGGCUUCCCUGUCGAUCUUACCAAGCUGAUGGCGGAGGAGCGUGGUCUGGACAUCAACGAGGAGGAUGUCAAGGAGGCGCAAGAGAAGGCGAGAGAAGCGUCCAAGGGAGAGAAGAAGGCCGGCGCGGAACUCGUCAAGCUCAACGUGCACGACAUCAAUGCAUUGGCGAAGAUGGAAGAUGUGCCAAAGACGGACGACUCGCCGAAGUUCCAAAAGGCCAACAUCAAAGCUCAUAUCAAGGCAAUUUACCACGGCGGCAAAUUCGUUCAGUCGACUUCAGAGGUUCCGGAGGGCGAGCAAUUCGGUGUCGUCUUGGACCGAACCAACUUCUACGCCGAGCAGGGUGGUCAAGAAAACGACACUGGCCGUAUUCUCAUCGAUGGCGAGGCUGAGAUUGACGUUCAAAACGUCCAGCUAUACGCUGGAUAUGUCAUGCACACUGGCUACAUGAACUACGGCUCCUUGAAGAUCAACGACGAGAUCCUUUGCGAGUACGAUGAGCUGCGCCGCCAACCGAUCCGUAACAACCACACUGGUACUCACAUCCUCAACUUUGCGCUGCGCGAAGUCCUUGGCGACGAUAUCAACCAGAAGGGCUCGCUCGUCGCGCCUGAGAAGCUGCGUUUCGAUUUCAGCCACAAGUCUGGUGUUUCCGACGAUGAGCUGCUCAAAAUCGAGGAGCUCACCACGAGCUACAUCCGCCAAAACAGCGAGGUCUAUGCAAAGGACGUAUCUCUCGCCACCGCGCGCGAGAUUUCCGGGGUCCGUGCCGUUUUCGGCGAGACCUACCCUGACCCCGUCCGCGUCGUCUCCAUCGGCGUUCCCGUCGAGGAUCUUCUCGAGGACCCAAAGAACAACGACUGGACGAAAGUCUCCGUCGAAUUCUGCGGUGGCACCCACGUCAAGAACACCACCGAGAUCAAAGACCUCGUCGUUCUCGAAGAGAGCGGUAUUGCCAAGGGUAUCCGCCGCAUCGUCUGUGUGACCGGUCAAACUGCGCAAGAAGUCCAGCGCCUCGCGCAACAAUGGGAUGAUAAGGUCGCACACCUCGACUCCCUGCCCUAUAGCGCCGAGAAGGAAGCUCAAACCAAGGAGUCCCAACACGAACUCAACAAGCUCGAAAUAUCUGCCCUCGCAAAGACCAAACUCCGCGAGCGCUUCGCCAAGAUCGUGAAGGCCAACCUGGACCAUCAGAAGACCGCGCAGAAGGCUGAGGGCAAGAAAGUCCUCGACGCCAUCGCUGAGCACUUUGACAAUAACAAGGACUCCAAGUCGUUUGUUCUCAAGGUCCAGGAUCCGCUUUCGCCCGGGUCCAAGGCCGUGCAGGACGCCAUCAAAGUCGUCAGCUCUAAGCAGAAGGACAGGACGGUCUACAUCCUUGGUACUUCCAGCGAGGGUAAAGUCGUGCAUGGAUGUCACGUCUCCGCUGACGCGCAAGGCAAAGGUGCGGACGCAGGUGCGUGGUCGGGCAAGGUUGCGGAGGUGGUGGGUGGCAAGGCCGGUGGAAAGGGUGCGACGAGUUUGGGACAGGGUGUCAAUGGAGACAAGGCGGAUGACGCGGUGGAGGUCGCGAGGAAGUAUCUGGAGUCGUUGAGCUUGUAG